AGAUAAUUAAUUGUUGAGAGUCAGAGUCGUGUUGGUGCAGAAACCAAAGAGAGAAGGGAUCUGGAGUGGGACAAGACCGGGUUUACAAAGCAACACCGCCCAGACAGCAUCAUCGCCCUCUCCAACCGACGUCAUCAUGGCUGCUGUCGCUUCUGCCGCGCGACAGUCCGCGAACAACUCACCUCACAUGAAUGCCAAAAGCAUAACCAACUCACCGCGCACCACAACCCGAAGCUCUUUGCAGAAUUCAGAGGUCGCAAAGAAGGAUUCGUCCACGGCCAAUGGUAGCAAGUCCGACACGACCGCGAACAAACAAGCCGAAGCAGAUAACAAGGGAGCGUCUGCGCCAGCCAAUGCGCCGCUCGCGCCGCCGCCGAAACCCAAUCAAAACGGUGGUCAAGACUACUUCAGCGGAACACACAACGCAAGCAAUUUGACGAAAGAGGUCAACCCGUUCGACGACGCCUUCCGCAACCCAGCAGAGACGCCUGGAAAGAGCCAACUGCCCGGAAUCACCAGCUUGACUUCCCCCGCUUCGCUCCUCCCCAACAACACCCCAGGCUGGCCAGGAUCCCUGCGUUCCGGUCCCCUCAGCCCUGCUAUGCUUGCGGGUCCAACUGGUAACACAAGCGACUACUUCAGCAGCGACCACUUUGGAGGAAGCUUCCCGACACCGAAUGAAUCGUCCCUACGCACUGGCCUGACUCCUGGCGGGACGGGGUCUAUGUUCCCGCAACCAUCACCAAACUCGCAAGCACUUCUCCAGCAGCUUCACGCCGGCGGUGCCACACCUGGCACACUCGAUUUCCAUCGCACAGCCAUGGCCGCCCGCGCCCAACAUAAUCAGACCAACACCUACAACAGCGCCCAGAACGUGGCGUCAUCGUUACCCGCACAGAACCCGAACAUCCAACCUGAUCUCGACAGCAAACCAUAUAACCCGAACAACUCGAGCGCUCACCAGGACUCCCACGAUCCGUUCGGAUCGCAUCAGACCAACGAUGCUGCCAACGGCUUGUUCAUGUUAGCGCAGGCCGGGGGCCAGCGCGGCUCGCAGAGUAACUUCGGUGCCCAACAGCAAUCACAGUCACAACAACAAUCCCAGCAGCCGCAACAAGCCCAGUCUCAGCAGCCACUGGCGUACCAGCCAAGUGCACAAGAAAAGCGUGCGGCAAAGGUAGGAAGCAUCGGCAGCAAUAUCUCUGCUAACACCGAAGCCCACGACGGCCAAUUUUCGGACGACCAGAAGCCCGCAGCAGGGAGAAACGGCCGAGGCAAGAAAGCAUCAGCGACCAAGCCGGCGCCAGCGAACAAGCGAAAGACUGAGGAUACGCCCGUGAAGAAUGCUGCAACCAAGAAGCAACGCGCUAAUAGCAUGGUCGAGCCGGCAUCGGAACCAGAAGACGAGGAGAUGGACGACCAGGACGAAAUUGGCGCAGAUGGUCGCAAGAUGACCGAUGAGGAGAAACGCAAAAACUUUCUCGAGCGUAACCGAGUUGCUGCCCUCAAAUGUCGUCAACGUAAGAAGCAAUGGCUGGCCAAUCUUCAACACAAGGUCGAGGUGUUCACGAGUGAGAACGAUGCUCUUGCCACCACCGUCACCUCGCUACGCGAAGAAAUCGUCGGCCUCAAAACCCUUCUGUUGGCACACAAGGACUGUCCUGUAUCACAGGCGCAGGGAAUUUCUGGCAUGGCCAUGCAACAAAUUGCUGGCACCGACAGUGGCCACAACUUUGCCAAUCCGUAUGGAAUGGCAAUGAACCAAGGUGGACCUGGAAUGAGUCAAGGGCAGAUGCAUCGGAGAUAGUGCUCAGAUGAAAAUCUGCUCAGCUUUUCGCCCACGCCUAAACCGCCACCAUGUCACAAACAUUGAGAAGUCAAAUGUGUGAUCUGGCAAGCAACACGGUCAUUCACGCAAGUGAAAAGACCUUUUCCUCGCAAGCUGUAUACACUGCCACUUACCAGGUCAGAUCAUGAGUGAUGGUUUAUGUUGCGUAAAGACGCAAAUGUGGAGUAACAAGGAGUGAUUGGGAUGGCUCAUGUACGCUUGGAUCUGCCAUUCGUUGAUUAAUAUGACAUCAUGUCGCGACGGAUGUGUCAGAGGUUUAUAUUCGUUUGAACAAAAUUAUUAACACCA